UCUCAUAGCAAAAACCAAAGCUAGUUUUCAAGUUCCUUAGUUACUUCUCUUCCUAUUGCACUCUUGCUUCUUAUUUCAAUCGUUCUUUGUUUCUUGAGUUGUAACAAUGGAGAGACUCUCUUUGUUGUCCAAACAAAAGCCAGUGGUGAUCUUCAGCAAGAGCUCUUGCUGCAUGAGCCACACUGUCAAGACUCUCAUUUGCAACUUUGGAGCCAGCCCUUUAGUCUAUGAGCUUGAUGAGGACCCAAAAGGACGGGAAUUGGAGAGAGCACUCAUGAGGUUAGGGUGUAACCCAGUUGUUCCGGUUGUGUUCAUAGCCGGAAAAUUGAUUGGUGGAGCAAAUGAGGUCAUGGAGCGUCAGAUGAAUGGUACUCUUAAGGAAACACUCAUCCGAGCUAAUGCAAUAUGGGUUUAACAUUUUAUUACGUUGCUCAAAUACCAUGUUAGAAAAUAAGUUCUAUACACCGGUUUUUACUUUUUCCAUAUAUAUUUAGAGAGAGAGAGAGAGAGAGAGAGAGAGAGAGAGAGAGAUUGUGUGUGUGUUAAGAUACCUAAUAUACCCUCUUUUAAUCAGCAGGCCUACUACUUUUGCAUGUAACCCCUUUUUAUGCAAUUUCUAAUAAAGUUGAGCUUUUCAUAA